AUCAAUUUUUUUUUGUUGAAAAUGAUGACGCCAUUUUUGUUCAUUGUUCUAUGUGUUCCAUUGGUUUUGGCGGAAAAACCACCCCCUACGCCAACAUUUAGUAAAAAUUAUAUAAUAAAUGGACGAAUUUUCUUGCCAUAUGCUGAAAUCGAUGAACCAUUUACAGCCUAUUAUGAUGAAUUGGCUAACAAAAGUCGUAUCGAUUAUUAUGGGGAUUUACAAUUGACUGUACAGCGAGCUGAUCUGGGACAAUUUUAUAAAAUUGCCUACAUGGUCGGUUCGAAUCAACAAACUGGUCGUGUUUGUUUCAAUAUGGAAGCAUCACCAAUAUCACCAGUAACUGUUCAAUCAGUUUUACCUGAUUUAUCUCAAUUUCAAUUUAAACAACGUGGUAUUUGUAAAAAAAUGGCUAAAAAUCUACCAACAUUAACAUUAACAUCGGAAUAUUGUGAAGAAUGGGAAUAUCGUGUUCAACUUGGUGAAAAAGAUAAUAAAUAUGUUUUCAUAUUGAAACGUGAUUCGCAAGGAAAUGCUAUACCAAUUUUCUACCUAAUGAUGGGAUAUGAUAGUUUAAUGAGUUCGCAUUAUGAUAAAUAUGAAGUUCUCUAUGAAUCAUAUUCAACCGCAAAGAUUGAUUCGAAAAUUUUUGAUAUCUAUCAAAAAUAUGAUUGUAGAGGUUUCCCUGGACCAGGUAUUAAACAAUCUGUUGCAAUGAUGAAUCCAAUGCGUGAAUUUAUACUCAAUGAUUAUGGUCAUGUUGACGAACAUUUUAAACAAUUUAUUGAAAAACAUUCUAAAAAUUAUACCAAAGAAGUCAACUUUAGACGAUUUAUUUUCCUACAAAAUUAUCGUUUUAUUCAGGCACAAAAUCGUAAAAAUAUACAUUAUCAAUUGGCUGUUAAUCAUUUGGCCGAUCGUACGGAUGAAGAAAUGAGUCGUAUUCGUGGCAAAAUUCAGGUUACAAAUGUAGAUAAAAAUGGAAUUUUGUUCGAUAAAAGCCAUUAUGAUACUUCUAAGUUACCGAAUCAAUGGGAUUGGCGUUUGUUAGGUGCUGUAACACCUGUCAAAGAUCAAGCUAUUUGUGGUAGUUGUUGGUCAUUUGGUGCUACCGGUACGAUUGAAGGACAAUAUUUUGUUAAAACUGGCCAUUUGUUGAAAUUAUCACAACAACAAUUGAUUGAUUGUAGUUGGACAGAGGAUAAUAACGGAUGUGAUGGCGGUGAAGAUUUUCGUACAUAUAAUUACAUCAUGAAGGCUGGUGGUAUUGCUACCGAAGAAGAUUAUGGCCAUUAUUUAGGUGUUGAUGGUAAAUGUCAUGAUAAAAAUGUUAAAAAAUCUGUAAAAAUUAAAGGUUUUUACAAUGUAACCAUCGGUGAUGUUGAUGCAAUGAAAGUUGCAUUAUAUUAUCAUGGACCAGUUACCGUUGCCGUGGAUGCAUCACAAAAAACAUUUACAUUCUAUUCAAAUGGUAUAUAUUAUGAUCCAAAUUGUAGUUCGAAAAAUCUUGAUCAUCAAGUUUUAGCUGUUGGCUAUGGUGAAUUGAAUGGACAAAAAUAUUGGCUGAUCAAAAAUUCUUGGUCAACUUAUUGGGGUAAUGAUGGUUACAUAUUGAUCAAUCAGAAAAAUAAUGAUUGUGGCGUUCUCACUGAUGCCACUUUUCCAUUGAUAGAAUGAUGAUUAUUGAAAUCAAUAUUUGUAAUUUUGAAACAAUUUCUAUAUUUUA